AUGGCUACAGUGGGAAGUAUAGGCAUUGGCCUUUUAAUUUUAAUAAUACUUUGGAUAAUAACGUUAAUUGUGUUUGUUGUCGGCAUCAAAUUGCAAAGCAACAUUGCCUGGAUCGUUCUCGGAUUAGUUUCCGUUUUUACUAUAACUUUGUUGUGCAUUCCGACUGAAAAGCAACAGAGUCAGGACCUUAUUGAACUUGUAUCAGUGGAAAAAGACUACAUUAUAAUCUACAAAACCGCAAUACUCACUUUCCUAGUUGUAAGCGCUUUGGUCGGACUAUCAAUAUUUUUCAUUGCCCAUUGCAUCGAACCAAUCAGACCGAAACCCAUCAAAACGUUCUAA